GAAUUCAUAUCCUACCAUGCUUAAAUUCACAAUAACAAAUCUACGAAAUGAAACUUCUAUACUGUAUUGAGACCGAGAUGUGAAGAUCUUCACAAAGUUGAUCAUUUGCCUCGGAGAUGGGUUCGAGAGAUUCACUUAAUUAGGCCCAUCAAUUUGUCUCAUCUCUUGUAUAACGCACAAAUCCUCAACCAUAGCCCUCAUACUAUCCAACUCCAACUUUAUGUCUUAACCUUCAACUACCAAGCACUACAAACAACUUAUCUACAACAAUGGCAUCCACAAAAACAAUAGUUGCAGAUCCCGAAGGAGAUGUCCUACUCCUUCUCGAACCAACAGAGAAAGCACAAACCAGCAAAACCAAAGUUUUAUGCUCCUCCAAACAUCUUCGUCUCGCAUCUGCAGUCUUUAAAGCGAUGCUCAGGCCGAAUGUUUACAACGAAGGAACAGUUCUCUCUCACGUUGGCAAAGUGGAGAUUCCACUUCUAGAAGACAAUACUGAAAUCAUGACGACACUUGUACUCUUGAUACAUGGACGUCAUCAACAUCCUAAUCUUCGCCCCAUGGAAAAUGUUGAAUCUCUAUGCCAGGCGGCGAUUCUGGUCGACAAAUACCAAAUGCAUGAGGCCACCAACUUUCUUACUGCACAAUGGGCCGGUGCAUAUUUUCAUGAUUACCCAGUUCUUGCUCAUCCUUUGUCUGAUCUACCAUUAUUACUUUGCAUCACUUGGGUAUUCAACAUGGCGGACGACUUUAAGGUGAUCACACGCCAAAUCAAACACGAAACUGUUGGAAGUAUUAUCGAUUCUGUGGCGAGUUUCCACAUCGAUCUACCAAUUCCACAAAGUGUCAUUCAAAAACUUGAGAACUCAAGAAAUUCUGAUAUUAGAAGUGUAUACGAGGGAAUCAGGCUUAUGAUUACCAAUCGUGAGAAUUACAUUGACAGCUCUCGACGAUUCUGCAAAGCUACCAGCAGAAGCGAUACAGUAGCAGAUGUUCACGAAGCCCAAGAACACAGAAAGAGAUGUGACAGAGUUGUUCUUGAUAGUUUGAUAUCCGGGGCUUUGGAAUUCGGUCUUUGGCCAUUGGAUGUGGCACGAUCUCUUGCGAGUACCAGCUCGUUCUAUAGAGUUACGCAAAAGGCGAUCAAUCUUGAGUUUACGACGGAGUGUGAAAGAUUGAUGGAUUUGCAUAUAGAUCACACUGGGAUUGUUUAUGAGUUUGGAUCUUUACGGAGAAUCAAACGAGGGAUUGAGGCUGGUGUGAAAGAGAUUGAGGAACGCCUCACAGGUUUGAAUUUGAAGUUUGAGAAGAGGAGGUUUGAUAUGCCAAUGCUGGAAACACAUCGUUGAGUUGGUGAUAUUGAUGAUGGUAUCUUGGACUGUCCACCACAUUUAUAAUGUAUUUGGGCA